GACACAAAGGAUGAGACAAUGUAUAGGAUAGCAUCAAUAAACAUUUAUAUACCAUUCUAUUACAGUAGUUAUGACACAGCCAGUGUGUACCUGAGAUCAGACAAAUACAACAGAAAACCAGGAGAGAAGUGUGUCAUUGGUUUUGGCUGUGAUCGCUUACUGAUACUCCGUCUACAGAUGAACAUACUGACUCACGUCACCAUGCAGGACACGCAUAUAUAUAAUGAGAUAUACCAGAUAUUGAAUGUUUCAAAAAAUAUCCUAAAGGACAGUGAAGAUAAAAAAGCAAAAUUAUUAACGGAUCUAAGAGAAAGGGAGGCUGUACAUUACAGAGGAAGAUCACAGGACAGUGUAGAUCACGUGAGGUGGCUCUGGAGAUACUCAUUGAGACCUGACAUCGUGAGAUCCUGUAUAGGUCUCCAUCCACAUAAUGACAUUUACAUCAUAGACAACAAACCUUAUAGGAAAACAAGUAAAUACCAUAACUAUUCACCAGAAGUCAGAUGUUUUUUGUACUGCUUACUGUUAGCUGAGAAAUAUCAGGUGAAUCUCAAUGAAAAAUCACAAAACAGUACAAAAGACAAAAUCAGAGACAGAUAUUUCCCUGGUGUUACAGAUGACGGCUCGGUAAAUCCCCCUGUUGGAAUCACAGAAACACGUGACGGUGUGAUAACCUUUAUAUCAGACGACAUCCGACAUGACGUCAUGUACGCCUUUGUUACGGAGUGUCUGGUGGAGGACAGUGAUCUGGAAUUUUUCCUGACCACGGCGUCACGUGAUGUGAUAUCAGAAUACUGCCGGUCCUGGAAUUAUAAAAGGAGUGAGGGAGAGAGAUGUCUGUAUGUACCGUACGGACCGGAGAAGAUGUACGACCUCUUCAUAGACAAACUAAAGCUGGACAUCAUCACACACUGUACCGUGUCUGACAGGGAGAUUCAUGACAAGAUCAGUGGACGUUUAAACAUACCGGAGGAAAUUUUGAAAUGGGAUUUGAGUGCCAGAGAAAGAUUUGUUGAGAGUCUCCGCCACGGAAGAGUAGAAAUGUUCCGUGCUCGAGGUAUGAUUGUGGGAUGCGCAGGCGCAGGUAAAACAACUCUUCUUAGAAAGCUUCAAAGGAGACACACAGAAGAAAAUCAACCUACAGAGACAACUGUCGGUCUAGAGGUCCACGAAGAUUUGUUUGAAAUUAAAGAUGGCACUUUACAUGAUUUCAGAGAUAAAGAAAGAGAGUUUUCCGGUAAAGCUACGGUCGUCACAGGCAUUCAUCUUCAGAGCAGCCGUGGUACAAAGUUGAUCAGUAUGACAGACUUCGCCGGACAAGUGGCUUAUUACUCAUGUCACCAGGUUUACUUGUCACGGAGAGCGUUUUAUAUUGUGGUUAUUGACAUGUCUAAAGGUCUGGAUGAAGAAGUUAGAAAUUAUGACAGCGAUCGCCAUAACUCAGAAGGAUCCUUAUUCCAUUCUUGGAAAUACAAAGACUAUUUUCAUUUUUGGUUGCAAUCCAUUCAAACAUACUGUGAUGUCGGAAAAACACACACAAACCAGGACAGCACGGAGUCAAGAGCCAGCUUUAAUCCUGUUAUUAUUGUUGCUUCUCAUGCAGACAAAGUGAAAGAGGAUUUGCAGAAAUUUUUUUACGAGGAUCUGGAAAACUGUUUAUCUGAUGAACAAUCUUUGAAACACCUUAUAUCUCAGAAGAGAUACUUUAAUGUCGAAUGUCCACCAAAUGAAUUGUCACCAAAACAACAGGACUCUAUUGAAUUCCUCAGAAAAUGUAUUGUUGAGACUGUAAAUAGGAUGCCACAGUGGGGAGAGGUAAUUCCUUUGAAAUGGGUGAAUCUUGAGAAAGUCUUAAAUGAGAUGAAGAGAAAUAGACGGAGAGUUAUUUCAGUACAACAUUUAAAAGAAUUAAAAAACGUGGAUUUACCUAGCAAUAAAGAUCUUUAUGAUGGCCUUCGAUUUUUACAUGAAAUAGGUCAAAUCGUUUAUUUUGCUGACGAGAAAAUGAAGAAUGUGAUAAUUGUUGACGUUCAGUGGUUUGUUGAUGCUUUUAAAUACAUCAUAACUGAUGAGAAACACCUUGCUAGAAUAAAGAGCACAAAUAAAUGGAUUAACACGGGAAGAAUUACUGCAGCUGAACUGAAAGAGAUAUGGGAAUAUGCUGGAGAUAAAUCUUAUUUUCAGCAUAAGGAUGAUAUUUUACCAUACAUGGACAAACUAGGUUUAAUGACAGAAAUUCAUGAUGAUUCCAGGGGUAAAACAUAUUACAUCCCAAGCAUGAACAGAACUGAGCUUACUGAUAACUGUCAACAUGCAAUCAACAAAGGACAAAAAACAUCGAUUAUGGUGUUCCAUUUCAAAUCGUACUUGCCUCACUUUUUCUUCUUUAGGCUGGUUGUAAACUGCUUUAGGAAAUGGAAGGCACUUGAUAUGGCGUUCUUUUGUAAAAAUGCAGCAUUUUACAUGGUUCAAGAUGCUAGUCAUUUCAUUGCAAUUGCUGUUAACAAAACCUCAAUCCAGUUACAGGUUUUUACUGCGGAUAAAGAUAUGAAUCUGCAGUCAAAAUGCAUCAUAGAGAUCAGAGAUACGGUGGAAAGUCUAAUUAACGAAAUUACGCAAACUUUUCACAGACACAUUGAAUAUGAGAGGGGGUUUUCUUGUACAGAUAUAAACAUAGCAGAUGAGGAUGACGAGUAUUUUUUGAAGGAAAGUCAAAUUGUAGGAAUAAAAACAAUCACUGGAAAAGAAGAAAGACCGUGCCCGAAACAUGUUCUCCAAAACCCGCAUGAUAUUAACAAAUCUAAAAUGAUGCAAUUCUGGUUCAAAUAAAUCGUUACUUCCUUUUCACAUUCGUAAAAAUAAGACAGACAGUGGAAAGUCUGAUAACAGAAAUAACGCAAACUUUUCACAGAGAUAUUGAUUAUAAGAUUUGAUUUUUUCUGUCCAAAAAGA